AUGGGACACCCUGUAUACGCGAAUGAUAAUGGAAUCUUACUUUUUUUUUUAUAUAAAACAUUUCAUUUAUUAAAAUUAAAAUAUUUUAAAGUGGAAUAUGAGAUUAAAACACUUUACGCACCAAUCUAUCGUCAUUUUGAUAAAAAUGUUAUUAGUACAAUUGAACAUCUUGUUAUUAAUAUCUAUUUUUCAUAUGAUACAUUUUAUGAUAUAGUUUGUAGAAUGCAUAAACUUCGUAGUUUAUCAAUUGAUUUGCUCACUGAUUCCGAUUAUUCGAAUGUAUCAUCGUUUAAUCUUAAUCUUCCAUCAUUUGAAAAUUUAAAAAGAAUUUGUCUUAAGUUACAAAAAAUUGGUUUUAACAAAUUUGAAGAUGUUGUUCGAAAAUGUUUUAAAUUUAUCGAAGUUUUAUUUAUUUCAAUUGAAGAUGAUGAAGAAUAUUUAUAUGCACAACGAUGGGAAAAAUUAAUUUCUUCUCAUAUGCAGAAUUUAUGUAUCUUUGAUAUCUAUCAUAAUGGUGUUCAACUACAAAAUCAAUUAGAUUAUGAUGAAUUAAUUUAUGCAUUUACUUCAUCGUUUUGGAUUGAGAAACACUGGUUUUUUACACAUUAA